AGUUAUCAUGUCGCGUGUUCGUACCGGCGCAGAAUUAUUUCUCACGGGCGUUACGGGUUUGCAAUCUUUUAACUAUGACGUGCUUUCAUCGUACAUUUAACCUGAUCCGCGAUAAGACGCUUUUACGCCGAACUUACAGUGCAGGUACGGCGGUGUGCCUAAUAAUAGGCGCGAAGUAUGGCUUACUGACGCCUAAGAUUUGUAUCGUAUACCGGAUCAACUAUGCAGAAUCUUCGAGGACGGGGAGACUAGGGCAUAUGACGAUCGGCUGUAGUUUCCACGUAAUAAGAGAAGACGAUUUCUGCGACAGCAGCGAGGUGUGUAACCACUUUCAGAGGACCAGGAAUAGGGUCACAUGGUGUUUGCAGCGCCAUUUGUCAUCGUCUCAAUGAAGUAUACCAAAAAGUGGAAAUGAACCAGUUAACAAGCUACGCCAAUUCACUCUUACUAGAUGAUAAAAAAUUUUUGCAAAAAGGAGCAUUACUGAUUUGAAAAUGCGUCAAAAAUAUGAAAUAAUUUCUAUUUUACUUAUAUUGUAUUUAAACACAUAUGCAACAACGAUAAAUAUUUUUCAUUUACUUACUAAGCAAUGAAUAAGGAAUAAACCGCUACCGAUAUUAUAUUUUGAACAGUGAUAGAGAAGGAUAAUCAGUAUAUAUACUUUAAAUACGGGGUUGUAAUUGAACUUGGAAAAAAGAAUUUUUCAACAGGCCAAAUUUACAUCAUUCUCAGUCCCGUAAAAAGUUUGAACAACUUAAGCAUAUUUGGUUUCGCAUCAAGCAUAAUUUUGAAUAAACUGUAUAAAAACACUUGCAGAAAUACAAAACUUACGAGGACUUCUGUCGCAAAAAAACAGUUGAGGAUUACUUCCUACGACCAAUGUAUAGAGAAGCGACCGAAAUAUGCUUGAAAAGAGAAAUUAAUGAUAAAAACAAACGAGUCAAAUCAGCUUUGAGCGACAAGCCUAUAUGCAAAAACGGACGAAGUACGUUUUCAGAGAUAAUUUUGUAAAAGAACCGCCGCAAUUUUAUCGCUUCCAGUGAUGUCUCCAGUUUGUGGAGAAACGAUCAGACAUAAUAAAAUGAAAUCAGUGAAUAAUAAUAGGUCAUUUGCGAUAACAAUAGUUAAAAAUGGAGAAAUAUAAAAAAAUUUGUAAACGGGACCAAUCGGUGGAUUAACCCUACAAGAUGUAAAAGUUUCAUUCUAAUAGGUUAAUCCAGUAAAAAGCAAUAAAAAACAUGCAUAAAAAUUAGAUCUUUGCAGUAGACAGUAGUUGACAAUAAACAAAUGUAAAAAAUUCUUUAACGGAAUCAACGGAAGAACAUGAAGUAUAAGAUGCGAAAAGAAUUGAUCAAAUUGUUUCGAAGAAAUCGGGGAAUGUACAUAAAAAGAAAGAAAAACAAUAUCUUUAUCGAAUUGAGAUACUUUCGGUCUUUUUUGAAGUCAGUAUAAAAAUAAGACUGCGCUUCCGCAUUCACAACCAAUUACCAAAGCGGAUCCAUAUACCACGGAGCCCGCUUUCAGAAAACGGCUUCAAUCUUUGUAGUUAUUAUUCGAAGCCUAUACGUAUUCGUAUGUUCAUUCUUGCUAUCGAAUUUUAUUAUUUAUAAAAUUACUUUUAAUCAAAAUGAGUACAAAAGAUAAUUAUGAUAUUUAUGUUGGCGGUAAAUCUGGAAUUUUCAAAGGUGUAAGGGUAGAUAAAAAACAAUGUAUAUCACAAAAUAUACAGAAUUUGAUUUCCAUAACUAAUAACGAUGAGGUUACAACAAUGUCUUGGGGUGAUGACGAGGAAAGAGAAAUUUUGAUUGCGUGUGGUGUGAAAGACAUUAGGAGUAUAAAAGUUUAUGAUACCGAUUGUUCAACAUUUACAUGUUCCUUCUUUUGCAAUAUUGGUGCAGGAAAAAUUACUGGCAUAUCUCGAUAUAAUGAAGCAAUUUUGUCUGCUGUACAAUCAGGAGAAAUAAAGCUCUGGCGAUUUGAAGAAGAAGAUGGAUUUUUAAUGAAUGCUGGUAAAAAUUUAGAUAAAAUGCGUCAUUCGAGAAUAAAUAAACAAAUAAUAGCUACUGGAGGUCAAGAACAUGCAUUAAAAUUAUUUGAUAUAGAAAAACAAACACAAAUAUUUAUAGAGAAAAAUGUACCUCCUGAUUGGUUACAGUUAAGGGUUCCUAUCUGGAUUUCUGAUAUAGAUUUUCUUCCUGGUACAGAAGAAAUUGUUACAACUAGUAAAUACGGAUAUGUGCGUUUAUACGAUCCAAAAUCACAAAGAAGACCUGUUAUAAAUGUUGAAGUAAAAGAUGCAGCAUUAACAACUUUAACUGUGGUGCCUCAAAAAAGGCAGAUUAUAGUUGGUUCUGGCAAAGGUACAAUGAAUCUUAUAGACUUAAGAAAACCAGCUAAAGUGUUAAAUACAUAUAAAGGAUCAGUUGGAGCUGUAACAGGAAUAGCUUGUAGUAGAAUUGAACCUUACAUUGUUAGUGUUGGUUUAGAUAGAUUUUUGCAAAUACAUCAUAUUAAUACAAAAGAAUUAUUAAGAAAGGUGUAUUUGACGUCAAAAAUAUCGUGUAUGUUGUUACGUUCAGAGUUUUCAUUUGCUAUAAAUAAAGAAGUUAAUGAAGAAAUGACACAACAGUGUAAGAAUAAAACCACUAAGAAUUUUCAAGGAAAACAGCAAACUAUACAAAACAAUUCAGAUUCUGAUUCAGAAUAUGAUAUGUUAUUUGACAAAAUGCCAGUAAUUAGUAACAAAGAAGAUAGAUCAAUAGAAAAAAAGCAAAGGAAAGCAAAUCCUUCAAGGUUAGAUAAUGAAAUUAUUUUCCGUAAACAUGAACUAAGGAAAAACGAACCGUCAAAAAGACAGUAUAAGAAGAUAAAGAAGUCAAAUUCAUUAAUAGAAUUAUAAGUAAGAUAAUAGUGAUCACGAAUUAUCAGCAUCUAAUAUUAAUUAUUAGUAUUGUUCACAAGUGAUAAUAAAAAUCUUUUUGUACUUUCA